AUGGAUGCUGAGGAUUCCCCCGACAACACCGUCCUAAUACACCACUCUACCCGCCGUCUGACUCCAACAAUCUCGCAACACACGUUUCACCCCUUCCCACAGAAUCGAGAUCACAUCUCAUGGCGCCCAUCGCAGCACCUCGAGCUCCAAUUCCCGGCGGAUCUGGAUCUGAUAGGGGGCGAGAAAGCGCUGGAUGAUGAGCGGCGCAGGAUCAGGGUGACGCCUUGUAGUCCUCCACUUCGGAUGACGAGACCACCAAGAGAUGGCGACUGUGAGAAGGAGCAUGAGGACGACGAUGGGAUGGUUGUCUUCAUCACCCGCAGCGGCAGUGUGACGGGCUUGGUCGGCCUUCCUCGAUUUCGCAGUUUGACCGUGCAGGUCGUCGGUGCUGGUGGCGGGUUUGAUCUCGGGGGACUCAGUUCUUCUUCCUUGCCUCCGCCUCAUUCUCCUCCCGCCUGUUUAGUCUGCGUCGCUGGUGGGAUAGGAAUAUGCGCUUUCCUCUCUUUCUCCUCAAUCUCGCGCAGUCAUGGAGUCCCGAGACGAACCCUUCUCUGGUCUCUGCAUGCCGAUGAUUUUGAACUCUUGCCUCAUAUUCUCCGGCAAAGAUUUCUUGACCGUUGCCAGUGGACGACGAUACGCAUCUUCCUCACUAGCGGGGUUGAACCGCUUGAGCGCAAGACGUUGACAUCUCUUGGGCAAAAAUGCGACGACAUCGCUGCACAAGUUCGCAAGUCUGGAACACCGACGACCCUGCACUUUAGUUUCGGACGCAUGGCAAUGGCCGAUCUAUCUGCGGCGGCGACUGCGGAGGAUCGAGAGCUUGGAGAGGGGAAAAGCAGUAAGAAUACCCUCUUAUCACAUCCAGCAAGCCCUCCAACGGUUCUUUUCUGCGGGAGCAAAGCGUUGGAAUGGCAGAUCAAAAUGUGGGCAUUGAAGAUGACGCCGCCGUGGCCUAUUCAGACAACCCAGAUACAGAGAUAG